AUGUCUCAUAUUCAGGAACGAACAGAGCAGGAAACACGAAACUUUUUCGCUAAAUUGAAAGACAGUUAUGCCGCAAGGUUCUCAAGUGCUACCUCGGUCAUUCAAAGGGAAGUAGAUGGUGAUAGUGAGGAUGAUACGUUGAUCCAUCGAGCGUUCGUCAAGUACUUUGACAGCGUCCACCAGCCAUAUCCAGAAUGGUUGGGCGAAAAAAGACUGAGACCACUGACAAAUUCGUACCAGAGCCGUACUUAUCAGGGCCAGCAGCAACAGGCGCAAAUGAACUCUCGUCCCAGACUGUACCAAGAACAAUUACAACCAGUUCGUGUUGAAGACGAUUAUUCAACCAGCCAACAGCCAACAUUCCAAAGGGGAAAUAGCUGGAGUCAGGACCGGUCACAACACCAGGAAACACAAUCUGCACCGGCAAGGACCUAUACCAGAUCGUCAAGUAGAUUACAAGACAUGUACAAUCGGUCUCGAGAACAGUCGGUACCGGGAGCUGGCUACUCCAGCCAAUCGUACCAACCAGCCCGGACUAACAGUGCAUCUGGAAACGGGUCCAGUUCCAGACUCCGUGACAAAAUGUUCAGCAACCACACCCCACCACCUACAUCGGGAUCACAAUCUGCUCCACCAACAAGGGCAACCUGGGGAAGAAAAUGA